UCUCUCUCCUCCUCGGUUGCAGAGAGCCACUGAGACUGUUACAGCACAGUGGACCAGAAUCAGAGAAGAGUACUGGAGGACCAGACGACCACUACUACCCCUGAGCCAAGCAUCACCUGGCCAUACACUACCAACACACACCGUUUGAUGAAGCAGAGUGUUAAGAUGGCGCUUCUCCUGGCCCUUUCCUCUCUCCUCCUUCUGGUCAGUCCCGCUCUGGCCCAGAGCCCGGACAUGUCCUACGAAGACUACAUGGCCCAGGUACAGGCCUGUCCCAAAGAGUGCCGCUGCCCGCCCAGCUUCCCCAACGCCGUCUACUGCGACAACAAGGCGCUGAAGCGCAUCCCCACCAUCCCCCCACACACCUGGUAUCUGUACCUGCAGAACAACCUCAUCGACGUGCUGUCAACAGACGCAUUCCGCAACGCCACGCAGCUCCGCUGGAUCAACCUAAACCGUAACCGCAUCACCAGCGAGGGAAUGGAGGAGGGUGCCCUGGCCUCCAUGCCCCGCCUGGUUCACCUCUACAUGGAUGACAACCUGCUGAGCUCUGUCCCAGCCAACCUGCCCUCCAGCCUGGAGCAGCUGCGCCUCUCCCGCAACCGCAUCUCCAAGAUCCCCGCCGGGGUGUUCUCAGGUCUGGAUCGGCUGACACUGCUGGAACUGCAGGGGAACAAGCUCCAGGAUGACGCGGUGACCGAGGUGAGCCUGAAGGGCCUGAGCAACCUGGUCCAGAUUAACCUGGCCAAGAACCAGCUGACCACCAUGCCCCUGGGCCUCCCCAUCACCCUCACCCAGCUCUUCCUGGACAACAACGCCAUUGAGAAGAUCCCCGCCGACUACUUCAAGGGUCUGCCCAAGGUGGCCUUCCUCAGGCUCAACCGCAACAAGCUGGGAAACGAUGGGUUGCCCAAGAACGUGUUCAACAUCUCCAGCAUCCUGGACCUGCAGUUGUCCCAUAACCAGUUAACUCAGGUUCCUAUCAUCCCCUCAGGCCUGGAACACCUCCACCUGGACCACAACCAGAUCAAGAAUGUAAAUGGAUCUGAUAUCUGCCCUGUGUCAGCUGAUGCUCUGGAGGACUAUGCCACUGAGACCGCUCCUAAACUUCGCUACCUCCGUCUCGAUGGCAAUGAGAUCAAGCCACCAAUCCCCAGAGACCUUAUGGUGUGCUUCCGUCUCCUCAGGUCCAUUGUCAUAUAAAGAAGACACUUCCACCAGCCAAUCGCAUCUAGCUAUAGUCUCCUGGAUCCAAGGGCAGAUGAUUACUAACGAAUGGAAGUGACUAUGCUAAUCUAUAUGGACUUUUGCAUAAUUAUGUUGAAAACCACAUAUUAGACGCUAGGGUUGGGGUCAAAUCAAACUCUGUUAAUUUAAGAAUUCAUGCAAUGAAUUGGUCAAUAGAAAAUAAUGGACCAUUUUCAAAUCUUGAAUUGAGUCUCCUGAAUUGGCAGAAUGGGAAUGGAAUUGACCUCAACCUUGUUGGGUGAAGGUCACCUGACAAUCUGUAGAUAGUGUGAUUGGACUGCAUUACUGUCUUCUGACCACUAGUUGUGCCUUAUGUUAGUCCUAUAGUCACAAGUGCUUAAUGAAACGGUGCAGUAUGGAUGAGUGUGCUGCUUCAAUGCAGCACACAUUGGUCUGAAAGUGGUAGAAAACCUUGAAAUUGUGUUUUUCUGAAACUCUAAAAAAUACAAUAAUUGACUAUGACAAUGUGAUUGGGACAAGAUAAGAGGAACAUUGUUUAGAAACAGAAUGUAAUUAAGGCAUGUUGCAUCUUCUGACGACUCAUUGUCCUCAUUCUCUUUCUUUGAAUGGAAGAUAAUCAUUUGUGAAUGCUUAGCCAAAAUAAUACUUUUGAAACAUUUUCUACUGCUCCUUUCUGAUAGAAAAACUCGAGUUGAUAUCAGACUUGAAACCAAAUGAAAAGCAUAUUUAUUUUUUUUGUUCUCUGGGAAUAUGAAUAUGUUUAGCUAACUUUAGACACAUGCAAUUCCACAAACAUGCAAUUGUUUGUUCUUUCACAUUAAGGUAAUUUAUUUAAUUGUCAAUUUUUUGUUGAAAAAUCUAAAAUCAUUCACUGAAUUCUUGAUCACUGUCUCAAAUGUGAAAUUCCAUUUUGUACUCAAUGGGUCAAUCUUUUUAUAGUACUGUCAUCUAACAUAUUUUGGAAAUGCCAACACAGUUUUGGAAUGCUUACAUUUUGUUCAGAAUAUGUUGUUGUGAAUUCCUUAUACAGUCUCAGAUUUAAAUAAAACACA